AUGGUUUCUGAUACCAAGUUUUCAAUAACGUUGAACAGAAAAGAUGCUCUCACAGAGGAUCAUAAGACCUUGGCUUCAUAUGGGAUUGUUUCUGGUGAUUUGAUAUGCUUAUUACUAGAAGAAGCAAAUGGACAACCCAGCCUACCUCCUUCUCCUCCUCCCCCACUUCAGAAUGGUCAUGAGCCGUCCACCUUGAUCCCCAGUAAAAGUCAGGCCAGCAGUCCAAAAGAUGAAGGGCAGAAUGAGCAAUCUGACAACCAGGAAGCUCAAGUGGAAGUUCAGAAGCAUGACGAGAGGGCAGGAUCCAGCCUAGAAUUUCCUUCUGGAUUAGUCCCAGAAGAUGUUGACCUGGAAGAAGGCACAGGUUCCUAUCCCUCCGAACCCAUGCUGUGCAGUGAAGCUGCUGAUGGUGAAAUACCACAUUCUUUAGAGAUGCUCUACCUUUCUGCUGAGUGUACCAGUGCCACUGAUGCCUUGAUAGUUCUAGUACAUCUUCUCAUGAUGGAGACAGGCUAUGUACCUCAGGGAACAGAAGCCAAGGCAGUGUCCAUGCCGGAGAAGUGGAGAGGGAAUGGUGUUUAUAAGCUACAGUACACACAUCCCCUUUGUGAAGAAGGUUCUGCUGGUUUGACUUGUGUGCCUUUGGGGGAACUUGUUGCUAUUAAUGCAACAUUAAAAAUCAACAAAGAGAUCAAAGGUGUUAAGAGAAUACAGCUAUUGCCAGCGUCCUUCAUUUGCUUUCAGGAGCCAGAAAAGGUUGCAGGAGUUUACAAAGACCUUCAGAAAUUAUCCCGUCUCUUUAAAGACCAACUGGUUUAUUCUCUUCUGGCUGCUGCCCGGCAAGCUCUCAACUUGCCUGACGUAUUUGGGUUAGUGGUCCUUCCUCUUGAGCUCAAGCUUCGGAUUUUCAGACUUCUGGAUGUCCGUUCAGUCAUCUCUCUCUCUGCUGUUUGCCGUGAUCUUUACACAGCUUCGAAUGACCAGCUUCUCUGGAGGUUUAUGUACCUGCGAGAUUUUCGAGAUCCUGUUGCAAGGCCUCGUGACACAGACUGGAAAGAACUAUACAAGAAAAAGUUGAAACAGAAGAAGGAGGCCCUGAGAUGGAGACACACGAUGUUUCUGCCCCCUACACCUCAUCCAAUUCCCUUUCAUCCCAACCCAUUCUAUCCUAAUCCUUUUCCUCCCAAUCCAUUUCCAUCAAAUCCAAUCUAUCCCCCAAUGAUCAUUGGUGGAGAAUAUGAUGAGAGACCAACACUUCCAUAUGUUGGAGACCCAAUUAACUCACUAAUUCCUGGCUCAGGAGAAGCACCAGGCCAGUUUCCUCCAUUCAGACCACAUUUUGAUCCAAUUGGUUCCUUGCCUGGAGCAAAUCCUACACUUCCAGGACGAGCUGGUCCUACUGACAGGUUUCCACCUAGACCCAGCCGCGGCCGCCCCAUGGACAUUCGCCGAGCGUUCAUUUGAUUGCUGCUUCUUCCUCGGUGAAUUUUCUAGUCCCUGAGCUUGCUUUCUAAAUGCAGGAGAUUGCAAAUCCCAGGCACUAACAUCUGCCUUCUCUUCAGAUUGUGGCAAGAACAGGUGUGCAUGUGUCAACCAAAAAGGCUGGGUUUGUUUUAUGCUCUGGUAAUAUUGUACCACCUGGCACUAAGGUCUUUUUCAUGAAGAGCUACAAUUUAGAGCAGUUUGUUCUGCUUCCUCCCUCCCUUAAUCAUCUCUGAAGCUCUACUUAAGAGACCAGAAGGAUAUCAGCCAAAUAUUUGCUGCAUCAGAUAAAGAGCACUUUAAAUACAAA